AUGCGGUGCGCAACCUUUUACGCCCUCGCGGCCUGCGUCGCCGCCGCUAUGGCGUCUAUGAGUCUCGAGGACGUGGCCCUGCACGAGUUCCGCAUGGCGUUGCUCAACCCUCGCCAGCAGGUCGCCGCCACGGCCACGAACCUGCAGAUCUUCAGCGGCGACCUGGGCGGAAUCAAGGCGUCGGCCAUUACAUUCUCGGGAGACAGGGACAGGCCGUUCGAGGUCGACGGCGAUACCUUUAACGACUUCCCGACUGCCGCCAUCAGAGCCUGCGAUAAUCAGUUCAACAAGUGCGCCCAGGCGGCCAACGCCAAGCAGGGAAAUUUUGCUGUCGGCGACUGCGACAAGCAGACAACCCAGUGCAAGAGCACCGGACAAGCGGCGACCAAAACCGCUUUCGACUUCCCGCCGCCUGUGCUGUCGAGCUCUAAUGCCGACUUCGACUUUUUCUGCGAUCAAUGA